AUGAGCGCUGUCGUUGGCGAUGACCUCGCCGCAAUGGCCGAGGCGCGCCGUCCCAGCAUCGUGCACCACACUGAUGCUGAGAAGUCCGCCAUCUACGGCGAUUCCAAGGAGCUUUCGGCCUCUCAGCGUGCCUCGUCUGACGGCGAGGGAAUGACUCUCGACGGCGAUGAGCCCACCAUGCACGAAAUGAAGACCCUACGCCGUGUCAGUGGGAAGAUUCCCUGGACUGCAUGGACCAUCACAUUCGUCGAGUUCUGCGAGCGUUUCUCCUACUACGGCACCACGGCCGUCUUUGUCAACUUCCUUCAACAGCCGCGCCCAUUCGGAUCGCGCACCGGAGCGAUCAAUCCCAGUCCAGAGUGCUGGAAUGCUCCUGGCUGGAGUCCAGCCGCAUGCAAGCAACCAGGUGGCCUCGGCCAAGGCCAGCAGACGUCAACUGGACUCACCACGUUCAAUCAGUUCUGGGCGUACUUGAUGCCUCUCUUGGGUGGAUACAUUGCCGACACGUAUCUUGGUCGUUAUGCCACCAUCCAGUACAGCAUUCUCGCUGCGCUCGUCGGUCACUCCAUCCUCAUUGUCUCCUCGAUUCCAGGCGUCAUGGACAACGAGCAGGGCGCUCUUGGUUGCUUCGCCGUCGGCCUCGUCAUCAUGGGAUUGGGAACCGGUGGUUUCAAGUCCAACAUCUCGCCUCUGCUCGCCGAACAAGUCAAGGAGACCCGUCCAAAAGUUCUGACACUCCCCAAGACUGGUGAGCGUGUCAUCGUCGACCCGCAAGUCACCUACAGCAGAGUCUUCCUCUACUUCUACAUGAUGAUCAACUGCGGCAGUCUUGUCGGUGGAAUCGGUAUGGUCUACGCAGAGAAGGAUAUUGGCUUUUGGUUGAGCUACGCACUGCCGACUUUCAUGUUCUUCUUUGCCCCUCUCGUCCUGCUCGGCUGCAAGAAGUACUACGUUACAUCCCCACCAACUGGCUCCGUCUUGGGAAAUGCCGCGAAGCUCCUGUCUCUUGCGAGCAAAGGCUGCUGGUCUGCAAACCCGGCCCAAACCUACCGCAACUUCCAACGCGAAGAUUUCUGGCACCGCGUCAAGCCCAGUGCUCUCGGUAGCGAGGCUCCUGCUUGGAUGUCCAGCUUCGAUGACAACUGGGUCGAUCAGGUUGCUCGUGGACUCAAUGCUUGCAAGGUCUUCCUUUGGUUGCCACUUUACUGGCUCGCCUACAACCAGAUGGUCAACAACUUGACCUCUCAGUCGGCAACCCUUGAUCUUGGUGGAGUCCCCAACGAUCUCAUCAACAACCUGAACCCAUUGACGCUCGUCAUCUUCAUCCCCCUCAUCGACGCCUUCUUCUACCCCGCUAUACGCAAGGCCGGCAUCAAUUUCACGCCCAUCAAGCGUAUCGCAAUGGGUUUCAUGGUCGCAUCCGGCGCCAUGAUAUCCUCCUGCAUCAUCCAAGUCUACAUCUACCGCACCUGUGUCGUAGACGAAGACGGCACCUGCCGCAGCCCCAUCAACGUCUGGGUCCAAGCCGUUCCAUACUGUCUCAUCGCAUUCUCGGAAGUCUUCGCCUCUAUCACAGGUCUGGAAUACGCUUUCAGCWAGGCGCCUGAGAAUAUGCGCGGUCUCGUCAUGGGUGUCAACCUCCUUCAGAAUGCUUUCAGUGCUGCUCUCGGUCAGGCUUUGUUGCCUUUGGUCAAGGACCCGCUGUUGACUUGGAACUAUGCGCUUGUGGCCAUUCUGGCUUUUAUUGGAGGAGUUGGUUUCUGGUUCACGUGGCGCUCGCUUGAUGCUAAGGAGGAUGAGCUCAACUUGAUCGAGAAGUCGAAAUACAGGGGCCGCGGAAUGGGUAUUGGACCGAAUUACGCGGAAGCGGAGGAAGAAUAG